CCUCGUCCCACCCACUCUCCUCAGCGACGCUUCCAUCAUGGACGAAGAACAGAUACCAGCCAUCGAGUAAAGAGGACAACCGCGCACCACUGAAGCGGCCACGACCUGCAGCAUAUAUUUUUACAAGCCUCGCUUAAUAUAUUAUUUCGAGGUCGUCAAUUUUGGCUGAACGAUUCUGAAGAAGAAAGAGAAGGAAACCGCGCAAGAUGAAGCAUUUUUUGAGGGUGGUAUCACAGUUUCUUGUGUUCCUGUACUGUAAGUGUUUGUGGCGUGGUCUGAAGUUCGUGGUGAGGAAGUUGACGGGGCGCUGUGAGCUGCAGAGGAUCUGCUACAACAACAAACCUGGCGCACGCAGGACCCUCAAGAUCGAAUCGUCUCUACGACACUCCAAGCAUGAGCUGUUGCAGUCUGCUCUCAGUGUCCACCCGGACGCUGUGGAGAAGACCAUCGAUGACAUCAUGACCCUGAAGAAAAUCAAUCCUGACACCAACCCACAGCUGGGCAUCUCUCUCCAGGCCAGCCUGUUCCAGGUGGUGGGGUACCGGGGCCUGGUGGUUGAGGUGGAGAAGCUCCGCAGGGAGCCGUACGACAGUGAAAACCCCGACCACGAGCAGAUGCUGAUGAAGCUCUGGAGAGAACUGUGUCCAGACUCUCCUCUCACUGGGCGCGUCUCCAAGCAGUGGUGCGAGAUCGGUUUCCAGGGCAACGACCCCAAGACGGACUUCAGAGGCAUGGGUUUACUGGGCCUACAUAACCUUUUGUAUUUUGCUGAACAUGACAAGGCCACCGCUCUCCAGGUGCUGCAUGACUCCCUCCAGCCCAAACACAGUAAAAUGUCCAAAGCAGAUUGGGAGAAGAAGAACUUAGACAAGGCUAUCGGGUUCUCGUUUGCCAUCGUGGGCAUCAACAUCACGGACCUGGCCUACUGCAUGCUGGUCAGCGGAGCCCUGAAGACGCACCUGUACAACGUGGCUCCAGAGAUGCCCAGCCUUCUCCACUUUCAGCAGACCUUCUGUUACCUGAUGCAGGAGUUCCACCGGUUCUGGAUCGAGGAAGACCCCUGUGACAUCAUGGAGUUCAACCGCGUACGUUCCAAGUUCCACAAGAAGGUUCUGCGCCAGCUGAGGAACCCGGACAUGACACUGUGUCCUCAUUUCUCCGCCUCUGAUCUCCACCUGGUCAAUCUGUAGACACGCCCCUCCAUCACCUCCACCUGUAGACACGCCCCUCCAUCACCUCCACCUGUAGACACGCCCCUCCAUCACUUCCACCUGUAGACACGCCCCUCCAUCACUUCCACCUGUAGACACGCCCCUCCAUCACCUCCACCUGUAGACACGCCCCUCCAUCACCUCCACCUGUAGACACGCCCCUCCAUCACCUCCACCUGUAGACACGCCCCUCCAUCACUUCCACCUGUAGACACGCCCCUCCAUCACCUCCACCUGUAGACACGCCCCUCCAUCACCUCCACCUGUAGACACGCCCCUCCAUCACUUC